AUGAGGCUGUGCAAUGCUUUGAUUCACUAUUUUUUAUUUACUAUUUUCCUCUCUCUAUGUAUUUCGAAUUGUUAUGGUCAUGAACAUCAUAAUCAUGUCGAUCCAGUGACAACGAAAUAUUCUCAGUCAGCUGUCACUAUUGAUCCUCUUAGUACAAAUAUAGAAACUGCGAAUAUUCACAAGCAUCAUGAUGAUGAACAUUUACAAGAUACAAUUGACGCUCGUCUUCGGACGAAACAUGAUUUGAGACAAUCAGUUCAUCAACAUAGUGAUGAUGAUGAUCAUAUACAUGAAAAUGAAGAAGAUUAUAUCAAUCGAUUAAAUUCAGCUUUAGAAGAUAAUUAUGGAAAUGAAUUUCAAUUUGAACAAGUCGCCCCACCUCUAGCAGAUCCUAUUAACAAUAUACAAUUACAAAAUCAAACAAAAGAAGAUGUUAAAAUACCACCCCAUAUACACAAAGAAACAACAUCAACUCUUUCUCCAUCGAUACAGAUACCAUCGGAACAAAAACAAUACAUCAAUGAUGAAUUACAAUUAACAGAAAAACCACAUAUAAUUGAAAAUCAAAAAUACAAUCAAAAUAUAGAUGAAAAUUCCAACCCAAACGUAGUUGUAGAUGAAAUGAUUUCUUCGAGACAUUUACAAACUGAUGAAGAGGAAUCAACAGAUAUUUAUCCACAAAAAAUAAUAAAAGAAGAUAUUUUAUAUCUUAAUAGUGAAACUAUAUCAUCAACACAAUCACAUCAACCCGUAGAGAUACCGAGUCAUACAAAUUCUGCACCUGAUUCCAUUCCUUCUACACCAAUUCAACACCCACCAAUUUCUAAUACAAUUAAAAGCGAAACAUCAAAAGAUGACAUUUCGAUCGAUAUUAAACCAUCGUCUCCAACACCAUCACAAUCACAAGAGAUAAAAUAUGAAACAAAACAAAAUAUGAAUUCAUUCGAUCACCAUUCAGAUGUAUUGCAUCAAACACCUGAAGUAAUAGUAAAUGAUAAUUCAUUACAUCUUAAUUCAGAAUCACAACGAACAAGCGAUUCAAUACAUAUUAUAAGUUCAAUAGAUGAAGAUCUGCCAUCUUCAACACCAUCAAAACAUAAUCAUGAACAUCAACAAAUUACUGAUUCAAUACAAAAUGUUAGUGCACCAGAGCAACAACAAGAAAUACCAUCAGUAUAUGUAGAUCAACAACCAUCGCAAGUGAACGAUAGGAGAUCAGAUGAUGUUCAACCUAUACAACAAAAAGAAUCUUUAAAUUCUGCUCAAAUACCAUCAUCAUCGCCAACAACACCAACGACAAGAAUCCUACGUUCAGCAUCGUCAAGGAUGCAUCAAAAAGUUCAUACACGUCAUCGUCAUGGUCAAUCAGAUCAAGAACCAAUCAAAACACAAUCAGAAACAGAAAAUAUUUCAUCAACAGAAAAUAUAAAUAUCGAACCAACAGUAUCAUCAACAACCAUAACAGUUACUGAACAACCUAUCGAAACUAUUCAACCACCGACAAUCGAUUUUAAUAUCAAUAAUAAAGCCGAAACUCAAAGAACUAACGAAAUUGAAACACAAACUAACGAUGAAAACGUGACAGAUAUCGAUAAUAUACCUGAAACACAUAUAGAUAAUCAAAAUACAAAACCAUUUGACACCACCGAUCUUCCACGACAAGUACAUGUUCAUGAUCCUACCGUCGUUCUCAAUGAACUAAAACAAGAAUUAAAUCAAAACGAAGAUCUUUCUCUUGAUCAAGAAGUGGAAAACAGCACAACUGUUGAUUCAUUUCUUGUUAAUGAUCAUAGUCCACAUUUACCACGUAUACAUGAAACUGAAGAAACUAUAACACAUCUUACUCCAACAAUUGAAGAUACUAGUGAGAAAUAUUCACAUGAUUCAAAAACCGACGAAUUAACAUUAAAAUCAAAUAAUAGUGAUAAAAUGUUACCUAUUGAAUAUCGACAGGUUUGUUGGCAAUUACCAAAACCAUUUGAAUCCACUUUUGGAAUAGUAGAAAAUAAACUAUUAGGUUUUAUUAAUUUGUUACCCGAAUAUAUUCAAUCAAUCUUUUUCGGAGCUUCAAAUGAUCGUGAAAAAUUAAUGAAUACAAUGUGGUUUAGUUUUAUAUGUUCAAUAUGUUUUUUCUGUAGUUUUAUUUUUCUUUCAAUGGGUGCUAAACGUUUAAAACAAAGUAAAAAUGACAAAGAAAUUCGUGCUCGUUGUCAACAACUUCAACAAUAUAACAAUCAAAUUGAACUUGAACGUGCAACAUUUGAAAGACAAAAUCAAAAAUUAUCAGAUGAGAUUGAUGAAUUAAAAAAUCUACCUAUUCGUGAUACAGAUGAAGAAAUCUUUGAAUUACGUGAAAAAUACGAACGUCUUCAUGCUGAUUGGCAAAUUUCCAGAACAGAACAUGAUACUCUAUUGAGAGAUAAUGAUUAUAGACAAAGUUUAAUACAAAAACAUGAAUUUGAUAUGCAGAAACAAGUUGAAAAUGCAGCAACUUUAAACGAUGAAAAUCUUCGUAUGAAACAAGAAUUAGAAAAAGAACGAGAAACAAUAGCACGAUUACAAUCAAAUGAUCUCUCAUUAGAACGUUUCGAAAAACUACAAGAAACUAUUCAACUACUUAAAUCAGAAAUUUCUCAACUUAAACAAGAAAAAUUCACCCAAACAGACCAAUUACAACAACUUCAAGAACAAGCUAAUCAACUAGAUCUUGAUAAUAAUCAACUUACUAUCAAAAUGAAACAACUGAAAGAUUUAAUUGAACAAAAAGAUGAAACUAUCACUCGUAUGCGUGAAAAACUAUUGAAUAAUCAUGAUGAUGAAGAUGAAACAACAGAAAAAGAUGAUUUACUUUCAAAAGUAUCAUUAGAAGAAAAUGUUGAUAACAAUUCACAAGAACUCUUAUCAAAUAUUGAUAAUGAUGUCGAAAAAGCAAAUCAACAUAUGCGUAAUUUACAUUCAGAAAUUGAUGAAAAAACUCGUCGUAUCAAAGAACUUGAUCUAUUACUUAAUCAAGAAAAAGAUCGUUGUCGAGAAGUGGAAACAAAACUAAAAGUUGUUUUAGAACU